CAAAAGGGGGUCCAGGAAAGAAUUUAAUUUAGGAAAGAAUAUUGUGAAAUUGAUUCCAUUCCUAAUAUGUAUUCUAUAUAUUAUAUAUAAGUUUAUUGAAUGAUAAUCAAGUCUCAAGAUUGAGUUAUCAAUCAUCUUCUCUGUAUUCUAGAGGUAAUUAUCGGAAUAGUCAUGAAUGCAUUAGCCGCCACCAACAGAAACUUCAAGUUAGCAGCUCGGCUUCUGAAACUAGACUCAAAACUCGAAAAGAGUUUACUAAUCCCAUUUAGGGAAAUCAAGGUUGAGUGUACUAUACCAAAAGAUGAUGGAUCUUUGGCCACUUUUGUUGGAUUUAGAGUUCAGCAUGAUAACGCAAGAGGCCCCAUGAAGGGAGGAAUUAGAUAUCACCCCGAGGUUGAACCAGAUGAGGUCAAUGCGUUAGCACAACUUAUGACAUGGAAGACUGCAGUUGCAAACAUACCAUAUGGUGGGGCUAAAGGAGGUAUAGGAUGUAAUCCAGAGGAAUUGUCCAUUUCGGAGCUUGAGAGGCUUACUCGAGUUUUCACCCAAAAGAUACAUGACCUUAUUGGAGUCCACACUGAUGUGCCUGCACCUGACAUGGGAACAAAUCCUCAGACAAUGGCAUGGAUACUCGACGAAUACUCUAAAUUUCAUGGCUACUCACCUGCUGUUGUAACUGGUAAACCUAUUGAUCUUGGAGGGUCCCUAGGCAGAGAUGCAGCCACUGGAAGAGGAGUUCUGUUUGCAACUGAAGCCCUGCUUCAUGAUCAUGGGAAGAGCAUUGCAGGACAGAGGAUUGUUGUGCAGGGAUUUGGUAACGUAGGAUCAUGGGCUGCACAACUGAUUAGUGAGAAGGGAGGAAAGAUAGUAGCUGUAAGUGACAUAACCGGAGCUAUAAAGAAUGAGAAAGGACUUGACAUUCCAAGCCUGCUCAAGCAUGUCAAGGAGAAUAAAGGAGUGAAAGGGUUCCACGGUGGGAAUGCAAUAGAUCCCAAUUCGAUAUUGGUUGAAGAUUGUGACAUUCUCAUCCCAGCCGCUCUUGGAGGUGUCAUUAACAGGGAAAAUGCAAAUGAAAUCAAGGCCAAAUUUAUCAUUGAGGCAGCUAAUCAUCCAACAGAUCCGGAUGCCGAUGAGAUCCUUUCAAAGAAAGGUGUUUUGAUUCUUCCAGACAUCUUUGCAAACUCGGGUGGAGUAACUGUGAGUUAUCUGGAGUGGGUACAGAAUAUUCAAGGGUUUAUGUGGAAUGAAGAGAAAGUGAACAAUGUGCUGAAAAACUACAUGACAAAAGGAUUCGAAGACGUGAAGGAAAUGUGCAAGACCCACCAAUGUGAUCUUCGAAUGGGAGCUUUCUCUCUUGCGGUUAAUCGAGUUGCUAGGGCAACCAACCUGAGGGGUUGGCAAGCUUGAUGAUGAUGAUGAUAAUCAUAGAGCAUUAUUGCUUCUAAAUAAUUAAAGAUUAUGCAGAAAUAAUGCUUCUGCUCUGUUCUAUUUCCUUAAAUAUGUUUUUCAGUUCUCUUAUCUUCCCUUUGUUAUUGAAUGUUUUCUGAAUAAUCUAUUUUUAAUAUUAUGAAUUUCAUCUUUAUUAUUACCAU